AUAACUUUUGGAUUUUUCGGAAGUUUGACAGGAACCUUAAUGUAAGGACAAGAAAGAGGUGGAACAAUUCUUUGCCACAUAAUAGAGAUAGCAAAACAGCAAAGAAAUACGCUAGUCUCUUUUAUUUUCAUCUCCGUUUCCUCUACUCUAGUCCAUGGCAUUCAAAUUCAAUAUUUCCUCCAUCCCCAAUUAUGCAUAUUCAAGGCCAAUUCCAAACAACUCAUCAGCAUGCAGCCAUAGGAGCCAGUUUGUGGUAACAAAGUGUGAAUCGAAUGAAGAGGCAAAAUUGACUACAAACAAAGGCUCGAAACUUGAAAUUGGGUCUCCCAUUAUUGUAACUGAGGCUCCCCAAAUGCUCAAAACUGCAGCCUCUGUUCCUUGUCUACGCAUUAAUGCUGGCUUGGUUAAACCAGGCGACGUAGGAAGGAUUGUCUCAAGAAAACCUAAGGAUGUGUGGGCAGUUCGUCUUAGCAUUGGUACUUACCUCAUUGAUGGAAAAUAUUUCAAGAGAGUAUCCACCUUGAAGAUGCUUAGUAUUUUGAUCGAACUCUGUUUCGGGCAGUGCACGGGGCGAGGAGGUAAUCAUAAGUGCAAGCUGGAAUGUCUAAAAAUGCAGUUGGGGCAUUGGGGUUACUGUAAUGAACCAGUUCCAAGAUCUAUAGGAAAAUGUUGUUGUGCAAGACAGCCCCCUCCGGCUUAG